AUGGUCCUCUGGACCUAUUCUGCUUUGGACUUUGUCCUUGCAGCCUUUCCUCUGUUUGCUUCUACUCAGGACAUGUCUUGGGUAGCCAUUAUACAUAUCCGUAUCAAGACAAAACCUCCAUUGUCACAAGAUGGUCAAAGACAACAGGUGGAACACAAAGCUUUUGGCAAAAAUUUUCAGAAGCAUACAUCUUCCAUUCUAGAAGGAGAUGCAGCUGUGGUACAUGGAACAUGGACUGUGUCAAUAAAUUCUGUGAAUGCUGGCAUGGUCAUCUUCGGUCUAUUGGAUGAGAACUGGGAUGAUAUGCCAAGUGAGUGGGAAGUUGUAGCUGUGAUGCCUAACAUGAGCGAGUUCCAAGAUGAAUCCAAUAAUAUUGAAGAGAUGGACAUGCUGAUAGACCUGUUUUCAUCUAAUGAGCCAUCUGAGUCACUCUCAUCCUCAGAAGGUUCUGCGAGGAGCUCGUCAAUCAUAUACUUCAUAAGCUCCACAUAA